CUUGGCGAUUACGUCACUUUGAUCAGUUCCAGAGAAAAGGAUGAUCACGAAACCAGCUGAAAUCUGCACUUCUCAUUUCCUCUUCAACUCUGUAGCUGGUUGGCCACCCAAGGGAUUCUGGCUCCUGAGGAAGUUCGUCUCCCUACCCGAGCCUUCUUUCUUUCGAAGUGCUCCGAUGCGGUCUGUGUGGGACUGCCCUUGGAGACUGUUCAGAACUGAAGCUGGCCCACGUGGCUGCCUCACCCCGGCUAGCGUGGCACGAGCCCACGUUCGCGAGAGCCUGGUAUGUGGGUCUUCUCGAGGACGAGUGUGGUUCGGGUUCCAUGGUGCUGCUUUAGACCUGCCUUACGAGCCUCCCUUGUAUGAGCCAGGUGCCGAUGUGGUCUUUGUUGGCAAAAGCAGGCCUCCUGUCAAGGUUUUCGGAUCACAGAGGGCCGUAAAUUAUCUGACAUUUGAGCAAACUACCCUUCCAAUCUAACUUCACCUUCAGAGGAACUAGAGAUCAAAUUCACUGAAAGACUUUGUACAUGAAAUAUUCCAGUUUUCUAUCAACUUCAUCUCAAGUCCGGUGUAUGUGCCCAUCCAGCCCUUCUCUAUCCCUGCACAAGGCGUGGUGGUCAAGCCCUCUCAGCUGUGAUGUGUCUCCUUCCAGGUUCUGCAACAGGGAUAGGAAUGUGGACAAGACGAAAGGGCAGCUGGACGCAGCCACCCAAGGGGGGGGCUCUUGGUUCCUCUUUCUUUCAGAUAAACUCACUGAAACAGCUUCCUUUUGGGGUGGGGUGGGGGAUCUGCAGAGCUUUGCAGUUUUUGUCCACGAACCACCAGAGAAGGACUUUAAGUUUUCUUGUUGCUGGCCCGUCACAUGGGCCCAUGACUCAUCCGGGAUGAUCUCUGUGGGCUCAGCCUCUUGAGCUACAAAAGGAUGAGGGGCAGUGGGGGAAGUAUCUUGUCCCGCCUGCUGGCUUCCCAGUUACAGAGGGAAGGAGAGGCCGUGGAAAGAGACCGCCUGCAUCUCAUCCCCCGUCUCCCUCUCGAAGUCGGUUACUGUGCAGGGACGUUAUUAGGAUGGGUUCUUGCCGCCCCACCUUCUUCGUCCUUUUCCUCUUCGUCUUCCAAGUUGCAAGAGCUGUGGAUCCCUCCACGAAUCUCAGCUGUAAUUUGACGAGCUCUGUGGAUCUUAAGACAGGACUUCCCAAAGGGGCCAAUUUCACAGUCCUCACUUUGCAUUCCCUCUCGAGGAAGAAGGUCGUGGCUCUCUUGCAGGCCAACACGCCUCUCCAGAUCUUGGACCUCCAUUACUCCAAAAGAGUCACCUUCGUGAAAGAGACUGGCGCCUUCCGCAUCCAUAACCUGAGCCUGGCGGACGGGGGGACCUACGACAUUUAUAGGCAGACCUCGGACAGUUCCACCGAAACAUUGAAGACAUACACACUGUUUGUGUUUGACAUCAACAUCACGGCAACCUCGCUGGCGAACCGUUCUUGCAGCCUGGAUUUGCUCUGUCAGGCGGGCGUGGGGACGAGAGCGAGCAGAGAGAGGUACACCUGGAAGAAGACGGCCUCGGGGGAGACCUUGUCCCAGGAACCCCGGCUCCGCCUCGUCAUGCACCCCGAGAACAGCCGAGACUCUUACACGUGCACCGCCCAGGAUGGCGUCUCUCAGGGCGCGUGGGACGUCAUUCCCUACCCGCAGUGCAGUCACUCUGGGGCUACAGGGCAUUUGCUGUCUGGCCUGCCAAGGUUGUCCUGCCUUCUCAGUGCUGGGCUGGUUGCCCUCGUGGUGCUGCUGUGAUGCCAGCUGCCGACAGGUGUGGAGAUGAUGAACCCGCCCACCCUCCCACCCCACCCGGCUUCGGAGCGCCCGCUUGAAGGCUUCUGCUUUGUCUUCCUGUUGCGGUUGGUGAAAGUUGCUCCCCCCCCCUUCGUUCCCUUGCUGUGAAGCAAAUGAGAGAGCUCUCCGAUGAAUGGGAUGCUGGGCGGGGCCCGACCGCUGAACUUGCACAAUCACGCACACGCACCCUCGGAGCCCCUGGUGUGGUGGUGGCACAACAGUCAAGCGCGCACGUGACUUCUGAGAGAUUGCACCCGUCAUGGCGUCCCUUUGCACUCUGGACCACUUGCCACUUUUCUCUGGUUCUGGACGAAUCCUUGCCCCGGUUUGGCCUCCCCCAUGUUCAUUUGGGUUGUGGGGAGAGGGAGGGCUGGCGCUGUCCUUGUUUUGGGUCCGGCCCCCUUCCUGAGCUCAGUCUCAUGGGACGCUCCUUUCUGCACAGAGGCCGGGCUCUCCUGGCAAGGAAGGGCCCUUUGGCCCCGAAACCUGGACGUGCCGGGCCGAGCCGGCCGACGGGAACUCCCCCUGGGCCCCAGGGUCUGGCCUCAUGGUGGGCGGCCGGAACGGGGGGUUGCAUCCUGUCUCAGGGUGCCGUCAAACCUCACUGCGCUCACUCUCUGCUGGCACACACACACACACACACACACACACCGAAGCCCCCUGCCUUGUGUUGUAACUGCUGGGCCUGUGUCCUGAAUGCUGUAUAUACACUUCUGCUGGAGGAG